AUGUUUAAUCAUCCGGAAUGGAUAUCAUAUCAUCCAAACAGUAUCUGGAACGAAACGAAUGAAAAGUGGGAUGAAAGUGAUACAGUGUGGAGAACAGUGGGUGUAGCGCCAAGUAGGUUCAUUGACAUUCCGGGCGAUAUAGAAACAAGAGAAAGGGGGAUUUUGCCAAUAAACCUUACGGGGAUGUUCCCUAGAAGGUGGUAUUCUAUUGUUGAAUUUCCCAGCGGAAGGCUUGAGGUCGGGUAUUACUCAAACAUAAUUGAUUUGGAUACAUAUGUGAUACUAGAGGCCGAUCGAGGAGAGGAUUGCGGAAAAAUAAUUGGAAACAUGAGUGAAAGUGAGUUUGAGAGCUCUGCCUUGAGAUUAAGAGAUAUGAAGGCAGAGUUUGAACCAAAAAAGAUACUUAGAAGAGCAUCGUCCGAUGAUCUUAACAAGCUAAGGCAAAGAAAGAAAAUAGAGGUAGAGUCUUUGAAGCAGUGCAAGGAGCUAGUGAGUGCCCGGAAUCUAAAUAUGGAAAUAUUAAGCUGUGAGUACCAGUGGGACAUGAAGAAGAUAACAUUUUACUUCAAAAGCGAUAGGAGAAUAGAUUUUCGGGAUCUGUUAAAGGAAUUAUUCAAGAUAUUUAAAAUAAGAAUUUGGAUGUGUGCAGAAAGAAGAACCAAUAACGACCUGAUUAAAAAGAUACUAGGAUAA